UCACACCAUUUCACACUUUUAAGUUGAAACUUCUCUCUCUCAACAAGAAAACAACAAACAACACGCGCUUUCCUCUCUACGGUGUCGCUUAGUUUCACCUGCAACGCAAUAAAAACUACUCUUUUCAAUCACAAAUCAACAACAGAACUCCAUAAUUUUUAUCCGAGCAUCUUAAUACUGAUUCUACUUGUUGGUGAUUACUUGAGGUGUUGAAAUUUUGUAUUGGUGGAGGAAUUUAUGCUGCCUUUCCGUUGAUAUAUUUCAGCUUUUCGAACAUAAAUACGCGUUUAACCUCUUUUUUUUUCAGGUGAUCUGUAUUCAUUCAAUAUUCACUUUAUUUUUUCUUUUGUUUUUAUUUACAUUUUCUCCUUUGUAUUUUAAUAUUUUUGUUCAGGGAUGGGUGUUUAUACGCCUAUAGAGAUGCAUAGAUUUUUCGAUUUGUUUAGCUCAUGAUAAGGAAGUAAUUAGCGAAUUCUUGGUAAUUAGCGCUAAAUAUAUGAAAAUAACAAGCUGUUUACUAAGAUGGUUGGAACUUUGGGAAUUUCUAUAACUUGCUCGAUUCUUAUCCAAUUGAAAGGUGUGGGAUUAGGAUAUCCUAGUGAUGAAGAUAUAAUACUCACUCAUGUAGUAUUAGUUAUAAAAAAUCCUCAAGAGUAAUGAAUCCAUUCAGUAUCAUUAUGAGCAUUCCUUAUUAGUAUUUCCUUCAUAGCGGAUAUUUAUCACAACUCACGAGCUAUCAAGCAUAAAACGAACUAAAUAGUAAAAACGUCGAACUCGAGAACUCUGUAGGAGUUUCAUUCUCUCUGUUCAUGGAAGCAUGAGUUGUUUAUAAAAGUUGCAACCUUUUCUCUAUUCCUUGUUUGGAUUGACAGAGUUGACUCUAUGAGUUGGAUACAUACCUAUCAAUUAAUUUGGUUUGCUGUAUAUGAUGGAAAUUAUGUGUGCAAAGUUGCAUGUAUUUGAUGUCUCGUGCUUUCUUUCUUUUUGUUAACCCACCUCCGGGAGAGGGUAUGUAAGGCUCUCUUAGCUUAUUUUGGUAAUAAGACUUUCUAUUGUUGAAAACUUUAAAUGCAUUGACCCUUUGUUCUUUGGAAUGGCAGGUUUGGGUUCGUCUUUGUUUGUUAUGAUAUACUCUGUAGUUGUAAUUUUUCUGAACUUAUAUUGCUCGUGGAUCUACAACCCUUCUUGUUGUUUGUGAACCUUGGUGCCAUUUGUGACUUUAUAGUUAAAAGAAGGCUGAUCUGGGAAGAAGGCUUCUAGUCAAAUUUCGGAAGAAAUAGAUUAGUGAUGCGGAAGGCAUCCCAGGAAGCUCUACCCUGUUCAAGUGUCAACUCUCACCUUCUGCCUAGUAAAAGCCAAGAUACUGAACUUUCUUUUCAGGCUUAUGCUGAACCAUUCUACACACUGGAAUCAACACCAAUGACUGGUUAUGCUGUCUUCAGUUCACCUACAGCUGUGAGUGUCUCUUCCAAUAAGAGUCCCUUCUCUCCACAACAUUCUCAUUCUUAUGCAUCAGAUGUCCAUCACUCCUCGGAGAAUAGCUCAUCUCUGAAUGGUUCUUUUGAAGCCAAUGAUGAGAGCAAUUUGGCUCAUUCUCUAUGGCUGUUGAGUAAUGAGUUACUCGGACCUGAAUGUGGUAGUGACUAUAAUGGAUCAUUAACUGAUGAAUCAGUGCAGCUUUGUUACUCCACUAGGUACCAUAAAAUCGUAGAGAUGGCCCCAGACAUGGACCUGAAACACCUGCUCAUAGCCUGCGCUGAAGUAGUAUCUGAAGCUGAUAUCGUCCCUUUCUCUGAAAGAAAGAUUGCAGCAUCAGCUGCAGAGACUUUGAUGGACAUAAUACAGGAAAGGGUUUCGGUAUCAGGUGAUCCUUUACAGAGAUUAGGUGCGUACGUGUUGGAAGCGCUCAGGGCAAGAUUGCUCUCGUCUGGAAGCUUAAUCUGCAAAAAGUUGAAGUGCGAUGAACCAUCAGGUCCCGACUUGAUGUCUCACAUGCAGUUGAUUGCUCAAAUCUGCCCAUUCUACAAAUUUGCUUAUAUGGCUGCCGGUACUGUCAUUGGGGAAGCCAUGGAAAACGAAAAAAGAAUCCACAUCAUCGAUUUUCAGAUUGCACAGGGAAGUCAAUGGUUGUCUUUCAUUCAGGCUGUCUCUCGUCGGUCUGAUGGUCCACCAUAUGUUCGCAUCACAGGUGUGGAUGAUUCUGAAUCAGCUCAUGCUCGAGGUGGAGGGCUGGAGUUAGUUGGUCAGAGAUUAGCUCAAUUAGCGGAGUCGUGUGGAGUACCUUUCGAAUUCCAUGGAGCAGGAACAUCAGGCUCUGAUGUAACACUAGAGAAUCUUAAGGUACAGCAGGGGGAAGCACUAGCUGUAAACUUUCCUUACGUACUGCAUCACAUACCUGACGAGAGCGUGAGCACUAGCAAUCACCGAGACCGCCUCCUUAGACUGGUGAAGAGCUUGUCUCCCAAGGUUAUGACCCUUGUUGAGCAGGAAUCGAACACCAACACUGCUACUUUCUCGAAACGAUUUCGUGAAACUCUGGAAUACUACGCAGCGAUGUUCGAGUGCAUAGAUGCAGCAGGGUUGGCAAGAGAUGAGAUGCAGAGGAUUAAUGCAGAGGAGCAUUGUGUGGCUAAGGAUGUGGUGAGCAUAAUAGCAUGCGAGGGGAACGAGAGGAUGGAAAGGCACGAGGUGUUUGGUAAAUGGAGGUCGAGACUAAGAAUGGCUGGAUUCUCGCAAAUUGGACUCAGUCCGAGUGUUACAAGUGGCGUAAGGACUAUGUUGAGAGAAUAUAGCCCCAAUUACAGACUAGCAGAGGCCGAUGGUGCUGUUUGUAUUGGAUGGAAGAACAGAGCUCUUGUAUCAUUUUCUGCUUGGAGAUGAAAGCAGAGAGAUGUUCGUCCAAGUAUGCUACUCUGUAUGAAUCAUUUUCAUAUCAGUUUUCUUAUCUAUGUGACCACUUUCAUUGUUGUCUAUUUCCUAAAUGUACUCGUCUCCACGUGACAUCUUUCAUGGAUCAUGCUUUCUUGGUGCAAAUACAUGUGGAUCCUCAACAGUACAUUUUUUAUUAGUAUAAUAAAUAAAAUCAGUAAAUAUUAUCAUGUGAAA